AUGAAGCAAAAGAAGAAAGGAGACCUCAGCCGGGCAGAGCUGAUGAUGAUGACCAUCGCGGACGUCAUCAAGCAGCUCAUCGAAGCUCAUGACCAGGGUAAAGAUGUCAACUUGAACAAGAUAAAGACCAAGACAGCUGCAAAGUAUGGGCUUUCGGCACAGCCCCGCCUCGUGGACAUCAUUGCUGCGGUGCCACCCCAGUAUCGCAGAGUGCUGGUUCCCAAGCUGAAGGCGAAGCCCAUCCGCACUGCUAGUGGGAUUGCUGUUGUGGCAGUGAUGUGUAAGCCGCACAGAUGUCCACACAUUAACUUCACAGGAAACAUUUGUGUGUACUGUCCAGGGGGACCCGAUUCUGACUUUGAGUAUUCAACACAGUCUUACACCGGAUACGAGCCAACUUCGAUGAGAGCCAUCCGUGCCAGGUAUGACCCGUAUCUCCAGACCAGGCACCGCAUUGAGCAGCUGAAGCAGUUGGGUCACAGUGUGGACAAAGUGGAGUUCAUUGUGAUGGGCGGGACGUUCAUGGCGCUUCCCGAAGAAUACCGGGAUUAUUUUAUCCGCAACUUGCACGACGCUUUAUCGGGCCACACCUCCAACAACGUGGCAGAGGCUGUCAGAUACUCCGAGCGAAGCCUUACAAAGUGCAUUGGCAUAACUAUAGAGACCCGGCCGGAUUACUGCCUGAAACGGCACUUGAGCGAUAUGUUGUCAUAUGGAUGCACGAGGCUGGAGAUUGGCGUGCAGAGUGUCUAUGAGGAUGUGGCCAGAGACACAAACAGGGGCCAUACGGUGAAGGCUGUCUGCGAAUCAUUCCACCUAGCCAAAGACGCCGGGUUCAAAGUGGUGGCACACAUGAUGCCAGACCUGCCCAACAUGGGACUCGAGAGAGACAUCGACCAGUUUGUGGAGUUUUUCGAGAAUCCCGCCUUUCGCCCCGAUGGCAUGAAGCUCUACCCGACCCUCGUGAUCCGUGGCACCGGCUUGUACGAGCUCUGGAAGACCGGGAGGUACAAGAGCUACCCCCCGAGCACCCUCGUGGAUUUGGUGGCGAGGAUACUGGCUCUCGUGCCUCCGUGGACGCGAGUAUACCGUGUGCAGAGGGAUAUUCCGAUGCCUCUCGUCAGUUCUGGAGUAGAGCACGGUAACUUGAGGGAACUCGCUCUGGCCAGGAUGAAAGACCUGGGGACGGAGUGUCGCGAUGUGAGGACAAGAGAAGUCGGAAUUCAAGAGAUUCAUCACAAAGUGAGACCUUAUCAGGUUGAACUGAUCCGGAGAGACUACGUGGCCAACGGCGGAUGGGAGACCUUCCUAUCCUAUGAGGACCCAGAGCAGGACAUCCUGAUCGGCCUGCUGCGAUUGCGGAAGUGUUCGGAGGAGACGUUCCGCGCGGAGCUGAAGGGGGGCGUCUCCAUCGUCCGAGAGCUUCACGUCUAUGGGAGCGUGGUCCCCGUCAGCAGCCGGGACCCCUCGAAAUUCCAGCACCAGGGAUUUGGGAUGCUGCUGAUGGAGGAGGCGGAGAGAAUCGCUAAGGAAGAGCAUGGGUCGUGGAAGAUCGCCGUCAUUUCAGGUGUGGGCACCAGGGACUACUACAGGAAGAUCGGCUACGAACUGGAUGGGCCCUACAUGGUGAAAAGGCUGGACUGAGAGACGGGUGGAGCUGGGAGCAUUCGCGGCUGUGUCUUGGAACAUCAGUUCUCCAGGGGAAUGGCAACAUCCUGCUGCAAAAGUCUGGUUUGCGGGUGAAGAGCAAAAAGUUCCACUCCAGCUGGCGAUGUCCCCCACUUGGGUCCCAGAAUCUCUGCAGCUAGACUCCUCUAACUUGCAAGGGAUUCUCUUCUUGCCAUUUAAGUUGGAAAUAUUAACUGCCUUUGAAUGCAGAAUCCAGGGGAGCUCAUUUCAAGUCUCUGGUUUUAUUUAAGAGUACAGCUGCCUGCAAUUUGAAACCUGCCUUUUUGCACUCAGUGCCGUCCCAUUUUACACCGGGGUGGUUUUCCCCCCUAUUUCUAAUGAACAAUCACCCUUUUUAAAAAAUGAUUCUAUGGUUUGUAUUGGUUUUCAUACACGAGCACCUGCUUUUUAUCAGCAGGGUCAUUCAAGAGGACUAGAACCUUGAGGCGGAGAUCUUUUAUCAACUUGCCUUGGGCUGAAGAGUGCGUGCAUUAGCCUUUUCCC